GACGUGCCGGGCUCCCCAGCGUGCCCGGAGACCGGGGGCCACCGGCCAGCACCCCGGGGCUCUCGAGGCCCUUCGAGAGCCUCACCCCAGCUUCUCUGGGGCCUGGCGGCCAGAGCAGCGAGCAGGAUGUGGGGGGUCUUCUCCAGCUGCGGCUCUGUGUGGGACCGGGGGUGGGCCGGCAGAGCCGCCGUCUCAGGGCCCGGGGACGGACUGGCCUCGCCCUCCAUCUGGAGCGUCUCCCAGGGCGUCAGGGCCGAGGGGCCCCAGGGUCGGCUCUAGUGCCCAGGCCACAAGUUUCCCUAUUUCCGUCACUCUUGCCCCCAUGCUUCAGGCUGGCUCAGACCCCCGACCCCCCAAAGAAGGGAGAGCGCGUGGCUGGCCCCAGGCGCCCGCUCCUCCACCAGGACCCCCGGGAGCUGGCGCCUCUCCCAGCCCCUGACGGACCAGCACCCUCUCUGCCCCCAGUUCUGCCCGGGCCUCCGCCCCCGCCAGCCAUCCUGUCGGCCUCCGGCCGAAGCGUCACUCUGUCACGGACGGCACCUCGGGGCCCGGGCAGCGCCCACGUCCCGGGCUACCUGAUCGAGCAGCGCGAGAAGGGACGGAGCCCCUGGGUGGCCGUGAACCGGCAGCCGAUGCCCGAGAAGAAGUGGACGGUGCCGGACCUGAGGCAGGGCUGUCAGUACGAGUUCCGGGUCACAGCCGUGGCCCCCUCUGGCCCCGGGGAGCCUGGGCCCCCAUCGGAUGCCGUCUUUGCUCGGGACCCCAUGAUCUGUCCCAAGUUCCUCAUGGACGCCAGCACGAAGGACUCGCUGACGGUCAGAGCUGGGGACACGGUUCGUGUGCCUGUCCGCUUUGAGGCCGCCUCCGUGCCGGACGUGGCCUGGCUAAAGGAUGGCUUGCCCUUGCCUAAGAGAAGUGUGACCUCCGUCAAGGAUGGCCUCACCCAGCUCCUGGUCCCCGCGGCCAGCCUCGCUGACAGCGGCCUCUACACUGUGGUGCUGAGGAGUCCGCGGGGGGAGGAGGCCACCCAUAGCUUCCGCCUCAGGGUGGCAGCGCGCCCACGGGCCCCGGGGCCCAUCCUGCUGCGGGAGGGCACGCUGGGCUCGGUGAUCGUCGAGUGGGCGCCGUCCCCGGACGAGGCCGACGGGAGGGCCGCCCCGCUGCACUACACGCUGCUGACGCGCUCCUCGGCGCGCGCGCCCUGGCGCCCCGCGGCCGAGCGCCUGCACACCUGCCGCUUCACCCUGGUGGGCGUCCUCCCGGGCCACGAGUACCGCUUCCGCGUGGUGGCCGAGAACGAGCUGGGCGCCAGCGAGCCCUCGGACACGCGCCAGCCCUGGGUCGUCCCGCGGCAGCCGCCAGGUGAGCUCCGCGCGGAGAGCGGCGGGCCGGAGGCUGCGAGGGCGCGGACGCGCCGGGCCACCGCCCUUCCCACGCGUCUCCCGUUCGGGGUGGCUCCCGCUUCUUCCACGGGGAGAGCGCGAGGAGCCGGGGCUGGCUGCGCAUCUUGGUGGCCUCUCAAGUCGGUGGCAGGCGACAAGGUAGACAGAGACCAGUGCUUCUCCGAAAACAGAGUCUUUUACAGUCAAAUAGAUGCGAACCUUCAAAGCGGUUGCCAGAAAAGGCAGGCCAUAAAAUCAGAUGCUCGUUUUCUCGCUUUCACGAGUUUCUAAAGUAGAAAAAUGUCUGAAAGGUUCCACACCAAAAUGCUAGCUGCGGUCAUCGGUAGGUAAUUGGUUGUGCUUGGUUUUUAUUCCUUCUCCUUUCGAUUUCUUGUAUGUUCCAAUUUGUCCACACUGAGUGUGUGUUAGCUUGUAGUACAGAAAAAAAA